CCAUAUAUGAGUUCAGACUUGGUUGGAUUAUUAGAAAAUCCAAACAUUCACUUAUCAAUACCACAGAUUAAAUGUUUAAUGUUACAAUUAUUAGAAGGAACUAAUUAUAUACAUCAACAACGAUAUUUACAUCGAGAUAUCAAAGCAGCAAACAUUUUAAUUGAUUAUAAUGGGAUUUUGAAAAUUGCAGACUUUGGGUUAGCACGUCAUUAUCAUGGUAAAAAACCCGAUUUAGGCAAAGGACCAGGAGGAGGAGAAAGAAAUUAUACUGCAUUAGUAGUUACAAGAUGGUAUAGGCCACCAGAAUUAUUAUUAGGAGAAAGAAAGUAUACAACCAGUGUUGAUAUGUGGGGGGUUGGAUGUGUUUUCGGAGAAUUAUUCAAUCAUAAACCAAUUUUGGCAGGACUGUCAGAUUCACAACAGGCACAAAUUAUUUUUGAAUUAAUUGGACCACCCACUAGUGAUAAUUGGUAUAAUGCCAACUUAUUACCAAAUAAAACUGAUUAUACCAUUGGUUUGAGAUGUAAAAGAACUUUAGAAACUAGGUUUUCAAGAUUUAUGAAACAAGAUGGAUUAAAUUUAUUAUCAGGAUUACUAGCAUUAGAUCCAUUUAAAAGAUUGAAUUCUUUAGAUGCAAUUAAUCAUGAGUAUUUCAAGAAUGAACCAUUGCCCUUGAAACCUCAUGAAUUACCAAGAUUUGAAGAAAGUCACGAAAUCGACAAGGAAAGAUAUAAAAAGCAAAAACAAAAUAAUGAAACUUCUGGUUAUAACAGUGGUCCUUCUGCACCAGUACCAUCAAUAAACGCUAAAGCUCAACCAAAAGUUGAUACCUAUAUACCUAAUAGAUCAAACCGUACUGAAACUUAUAUACCAAGACCAAAAAACAAUUAUCCUCGGACCGAAACUUAUAUUCCACAACCAAAGCCAAAAAAUGAUGUUAAGUUACCUGAUAAACCUCGAGUUACGAACAAAUCGCCAUCUCCUCAAAAAUUAAAGGCUGCUUCAAGAAAUAGUGGGAUUUUCAUGAAUAGUUCAAGAAAUAUUUCAAAACCUUUGCCUAAAAGACCUUUAAGUUCAAGAAGUGAUCCAUUGGCUAAAAGGAAAAAAUUGGCCGAUGAUGCUAAUGACAGUGACUUGACCGAUUUCGAUGAAGAUUUUAAAGAUGAAAGUGAAAACAAAUUAAAUGAUUUCAUCGAUUGGAAUCGUUAUAAAGAUUCCAAAGAAUACAAAAAUUUAGAAGCUGCAAGCAGAAAGCAUUCCGCUCUAGACUAUUAACGUG